ACAGCUGACGUUUUACGGCAGCGAAGGUUCAGCUUGAUUGGACGUUUUGUGCCGUAAACCGUGUUGGUUACAGAACGCAUGGGACUGAGGUUGGCGCAGCGUGUGUGAGUGCGUCUAAAUACACACGUUAGGAUGGAGGCUAAAUCCAAAAAACCCUUUUCUCCUAAAGGCGGAAAGAAGUUUACACAGAAAGGAAAAGAUUCCAUAGGGACCAAACUUGGUGGGAAGCCAGGUGGUAAAAAGCCCUUUAAACCGUACAACAGCGCAGAGAAGAAGAGCAGACCGGGGAAGGGUGGAGAUGGUGGCAAGACAAAACACAAAUUUGCUUUCUCCAAAGUUGACAAGGGGCUGCAGAAGAGGAAACCGUCUUUUAAGGCCAAAAAGGAUGGAGAAGAGGGUGAAGGUCCGGUGGCUAAGAAGAUGAAGAAAGGUGAGUUUAAGCCGAAGACGAAAGAACUGACGGAGGAGGAGCUGAAGAAGAACAGGCAGCAGAGGAAGAAGGACCUGAAGAACAGCAGACAGCAGGCGGAGAGGAAGGACAUGUUCGAGAUCAUCCGUCAGGCGAAACGAGUGUGGGGAGACCUCAGAAGGAAGAAAUGCAACGACGACUUGAAGAAGAAACUGAUGAAGGAGCUCCAUGACCUUAUCCGCGGGAAGAUCAAACAGAUGGCGUUUGCUCACGACUCAGUGCGAGUGCUGCAGUGUUUCAUCCAGUUCGGCAGCCACGAGCAGAGACAGGAAGCGUUUGAGGAGCUCAAAGAUGACAUCAUCGGCUUGUGUAAGUCGCAGUACGGCAGACACGUGGUGAAAAAACUGCUGAUGUACGGAAACAAGGAGCUGGUGGCGGCUGUGAUGCAAACAUUUAAGGGUCACGUGCGGCCGAUGCUUCGCCACGCCGCCGCUUCUACCAUCAUCGAGUACGCCUACAACGACAAAGCCGUGCUCGCACAGAGACUCAUGCUUACUGAGGGGCUGUAUGGCAACACCUUCACUGUCUGCAGGUCUUCAGUUUGUAACACCAUCGACAAAGUUGUUGAGGCGAACCCGGACAAGCUGAGCAACAUCAUCGACGAGAUGAAGCAGAUUCUCACACCCAUGGCCCAGAAAGAACAAGUGAUCAAACACUCUCUGGUCCAUAAAGUCUUCCUGGACUUCUUCCUGUUUGCUCCAGAAAAACAGAGAACGGAGAUGAUCGAGUCGAUCAGAGAGUCGGUGGUCUACAUGGCUCACACACACGACGGAGCACGAGUGGCAAUGCACUGUCUGUGGCACGGGACGGCCAAGGACAGAAAAGUCAUCAUCAAAACUAUGAAGACGUACAUAGUGAAGUUUGCCACGGGAGAGUUUGGUCACCUGGUUCUUCUGGCCAUGUUCGACUGUGUGGACGACACAAAGCUGGUCAAACAGGCCGUGCUCUCAGAGAUCUUGUCGUCUCUGAAUGAGGUCAUCAGUAAUAAAUAUGGUAAGAAGGUUUUGCUGUACCUGCUGAGCCCCAGAGACCCUGCUCACCUGCUGCCGGAGAUCAUCAAGGUGCUGGAGCAAGGAGACGGAAACACACACAGUAAAAAGGACAUGGCGAUUCGGAGGAAGGAGCUGCUGGAAGUCAUCUCCCCUCCACUGCUGGAGUAUCUCCGUGACAACGCUUCCGCCAUGACGAUGGACAAGGCGACCAGCGUCACCGUUAGUGACAUCCUGGCGUCAGCCUGCGGGGACCUGCAGCCCGCCAUGACAGCUGUUGCUCAGCUGGCCAAUCAGGAGUUGGUACCAGGAGGGAUCAAGGGAAAGCUUCACAUGGCCGAGCAUCCAGCAGGACACCUGGUGCUGAAAUGGCUCAUAGAGCAGGACAUGACACUGGAAGAGGCUGGCAAGGAAGAACGGUUCGGCAGGAUACUGGUGGACACAGUGGGAACAGACAAAAUGAAGAGCUGGGUCAAAGUCAACAGAGGAGCCAUGGUGCUCUGCAGCCUCCUGAACAGCUGUGACAAGUCUGUGGUUUCCGAGGUGAAGGCGACGCUCGAGUCCAUCAAACCAGAGCUCAGCAGCAUCAGCAACAACGAAGGAGCUAAAAUCCUGCUGAAGAAUCUAAACAAGUAGAGACUUUUUUUUUUUUUAUUUCAAACAAACUGGUGAUGUUAAAACGCAUCACCGUCUGUGCAGCAGUGGGCCCUUUCCACAAAACGCCUACAGGACUGCAAGUGUUUGUAGCUGCACAUGGGAAUGUUUUCAGGAAGUGGAUACAACCUGGAACAUUCAGGUCAUUUCAUCCCUGCUGGAAAAGAACGGACGUGAAUUUUUGUGGAAACAUUGAGAAUUGAAUGUGUGAAUAAGGAUAUAAAAACAGGUAAAAUACACAGAUUGUUAGUUUUACAACACAUGAACAGUACACAUAACAUAAAUCCUCAUAGGUCUGUUGUACUAAUAGAAUCAGUACAACAACGGAGUCAUACUCUGAUUGUUUUUUUACAUAAAUACGUUUUUCUUCCCAGUCACUUCUACUUUGCCGUUUUGCAGUCAUUGUUAAGCUUCUAUCGCUGACACUCAACAUGUAUUUCACAUUAAAAGCUCACCUGGUUAAAAAAAGUAUUUUUAAGGUGAAAUAUCUGCGGGAAGUGGUGGGUGUCACUGAAAAAACCUAGAUAUACAUGUAGUUAGUGAGGGAAUAACAGUAUUUCUGUUAAAGAAGAGAAACUCAGAGCAGCCAGUUGGUGAAUAUGACAUGAUUCUGUUGGAGCUAGUGCUGUGGAAAUAUAUAGUAGAGGAGAAUGUAUGGAUUGCGGACAAAGGAGCUUAAUAGGUUCAAUUUGACCAAAUCACAGAGAUCACCACUGUCCUCUUCUAUCUCGUCUCUCUGUGCAGGUGGUUUUGGGUGUUUUAUAGUCAGGAGAUUUCUGCCUAAGGUGAAUGGAAUUUAAUUUAGGUGGUCAUAGUAAAACUCUAUUUCAGUACAUUAUCUCAAAACCUGGACAAGUAAACACAAAACAGUGGCUAUCUAGAACCUUUAAGGGGUUUUGGCGAUUGUUCUGUCCAGUAGUCCUGAUUGUUUGUGCCACCUUCAUUUUCAGAUUGUCUUUAGUAAAAUUUUGUACCUUGUGAGUUAUAAUUGCUUCCACUGAAAAGAAAAUGUGUUUGCAAAAUAAAAUGAUUGAGUACUUAA